AUGAUCGGUGAUGAAGCCAGCGAAGUGCGUUCGUAUUUGCAGAUCUCGUAUCCCAUGGAGAAUGGUAUAAUCAAGAACUGGACAGAUAUGGAGUUACUUUGGGAUUAUGCAUUUUUCGAUCAGAUGAAAUUGGCAACGACUUCCAACGGCAAGGUGUUGCUGACAGAGCCACCAAUGAACCCUGUGAAAAAUAGAGAAAAGAUGUGUGAAGUCAUGUUUGAGAAAUACGAGUUUGGCGGGGUUUACGUGGCGAUUCAGGCCGUUUUAGCGUUAUAUGCGCAAGGGUUGUCAUCUGGAGUUGUUGUGGACUCCGGUGACGGUGUGACGCACAUUGUACCAGUUUAUGAGUCGGUCGUCCUGAACCAUUUGACUAGACGGCUUGACGUAGCUGGUAGAGAUGUCACAAGGCAUUUGAUCGACCUUCUGUCGCGCCGCGGGUACAACUUCAAUAGAAGUGCUGACUUCGAAACUGUACGUCAAAUAAAGGAAAAACUGUGCUAUGUCUCAUAUGACUUGGAUCUAGAUACGAAAUUGGCCAGGGAGACAACUACAUUGGUCGAGAAAUAUGAAUUACCAGACGGGAGAGACAUCAAGGUCGGACAGGAGAGAUUUGAAGCACCUGAGUGCUUAUUCCAACCCAAUCUUGUUGAUGUCGAGCAGCCUGGUAUUGGAGAAAUGCUAUUCAACACAAUUCAAGCCGCAGAUGUGGAUGUCAGAAGCUCUUUGUACAGGGCAAUCGUGCUUUCGGGUGGCUCUAGUAUGUACCCGGGAUUACCUUCCAGACUGGAGAAAGAAUUGAAACAGCUGUGGUAUACGAGAGUGCUACACAACGAUGCAUCCAGGCUCGAUAAGUUCAAGGUUAGAAUCGAGGAUCCACCUAGAAGGAAACACAUGGUGUUCAUCGGAGGCGCCGUGUUGGCAAAUAUCAUGGCUGAUAAAGAUCAUAUGUGGCUAAGCAAGCAGGAAUGGGAAGAAAGUGGUCCUGCAGCUAUGGCAAAAUUUGGUCCUAGAUAG